GUCGCCGGGUGGGCGUUACUCCAUUCCAGAAAUGGUGAUAAUCGCCAUCGUAGCGGGCUUCCUUAGUAUGAUCACCGUCGUGGGAAACUCCAUGGUGAUGAUUUCCUUCAAAAUCGACAAGCAACUCCAAACUAUUAGCAACUACUUCCUGUUCAGCCUCGCUGUAGCGGACUUUGCCAUUGGGCUCAUAUCCAUGCCGCUGUUCACGGUGUCCACCAUCCUGGGCUAUUGGCCGCUAGGGCCUCACAUCUGCGACACGUGGCUGGCCCUCGACUACCUCGCCAGCAACGCGUCGGUGCUCAACUUGCUCAUCAUCAGCUUCGAUCGAUACUUCUCGGUGACGAGGCCGCUCACUUACCGCGCCAAACGCACCACGAACAGAGCUGCCAUCAUGAUAGGGUGUGCGUGGGGCAUCUCGCUGCUGCUGUGGCCGCCGUGGAUCUACUCGUGGCCCUACAUCGAAGGUGAGCGCACCGUGCCUGACGACGAGUGCUACAUCCAGUUCAUCGAGACCAACCACUAUAUCACCUUCGGCACCGCCAUCGCCGCCUUCUACGUGCCCGUCACCGUCAUGUGCAUCCUGUACUGGCGCAUCUGGCGCGAGACGGAGAAGCGGCAGAAGGAUCUGCCCAACUUGCAGGCCGGCAAGAAGGAGAGUUCCAAGCGCUCCAACUCCAGGUACGGUAUCGGCGGCGGACAAGGCGAGUUCCUCUACGAGAGCGUCGCGUCCCUCGCGGACGGGGUGGGUGUGCAGCACCUGAGCGACCGAAUUCGAACGCUCGUCGCGGCCGCUCGCCUCUCCUGGAGGCGGGCGCGUCGCUGGCGGUCCCGCUACUGGCGCUCGUACACCAGAUGCUGCGUGCACCAGAUGCCCCUAAGCAGCGUGGUUUCCGCCGAGGCAGUUAGAGCAUCUAAGCUCUGCCACGGGGUGGUUUCCCCCAGCGGGCACUGCGAAGCGUCGUGGGCUUCCCCACACUGCCGGCAACGCCGGGCGCGCCCGUUCACAUGGGCGUGGGUACGCGCGUGGUGUGUGGCGUGGUGGACGUCGGGGCGCGAGCGCGACGACGUGGCGGAGCCCGACUACGAGGACACCCCCUCCGACAUGGGCUACGCGACGCCCGUCUCGGUGGAGACGCCUCUGCAGUCGAGCGUGUCGCGCUGCACCUCCCUCAACGUCAUUCGCGACCCAUACGCUGCGGGCGGCGGCGGCGGCGGUGGCGGCGCGGGGGCGCAGGCCCAGCAGACGCCCACGCGCCAGCCGCACCACUUGCACCACCAGCACUACGACUCCCGCAGCCUGCCCGCCUCGAGCCGCCUCGCCGUGCGCUCCGUCUCCAGCGACUCGGUCUACACAAUACUAAUUCGACUGCCGCCGGAUUCAUCUAGUUGUGAUGGUAACGGAAGUUCUGAUCAACCUUCAAUCAAGAUGAUUGCGGACGAUGCACCUUCUAGUUCCCUGGUGACUCCCAUUCGCGGGGCUGCCGGAGCCAGUGCUGCUCAGCGCCUAGUGGGACGAGUCGACAGCACCACUUCGAUGGGCAUGGAAUACAAUCUGAGUCUUCAUCCUGCGGGCGGUUAUCCAGUCUCACCCGCCAUCAACCGGCGGCCAUCUCAGAUGCCUGAUAUACGUAUUCCCCUCAAUGCCAAAAUCAUUCCUAAACAGUUAGCUGGAGGGCCGAAGGCUCUUGUUGCGAAUGCUGGUCCCAAAAUGCAACAACACCAACAGAAGAAGAAGAAGAAAACGCAGGAGAAAAAAGCAGACAAGAAAGCUGCCAAAACAUUAUCUGCAAUUCUUCUGACAUUUAUAAUCACGUGGACACCGUAUAAUAUCUUAGUACUUCUGAAGCCCUUAACAGCAUGUACAGGUUGCAUACCUCAAGAGCUGUGGGACUUCUUUUACUAUUUGUGUUACAUUAACAGCACAAUAAAUCCUAUGUGUUAUGCUUUAUGCAAUGCAUCGUUUCGACGCACAUAUGUGCGAAUUCUUACUUGUAAAUGGCACAAUCGAAACCGCAGUGCUGUGAAUCGAGGAUAUUACAACUGAUAAUAAAAUAAAGCAUUGAGUGUUUUUAGAUUGAACUAUGGUUCAUGUCACAUUGCAAGUCAUAAACUAUGAAAUGUGUACUGUAUAUCUGAAGAAAUCUAAAACUCAAAUAAUUCUUAAACAAUUAUUUUUUUAUUAUUAAAAGUGAAGUUUUAAAAAUGGGUGAACUAUAAAAUUAUUUUAUUUGUAUUACUUUGUUAUUAUAUUUAAUUUUUUGUUUCAAAACAAUUAAAUAGUGAAUUAUUUUAAAAAUAUUGUAAAAGUAAAACUUAUUGUGCUUUUGUAGUUGUGACAUCUGAUAAGUAUAGUGUGCUGACUGUUUUACAAGUAAUGGCAUAAUCCAUCGAAAUACAAGUGGAAAUUCAUUUAUUUAUAUUUUCAUUUGUUUUUAGUAUCUAAUCUUGACUCGCUAAUUUAUACAAGAUUUGUCCAUGAAUUAAGUUUUUCCAUUAGUCCUUUUUUUUGCAUGAAAAAUGUAGCUUCUGGCAAGACUUUAUUUAAUUGCUUUUUGAUUUAUUCUUUGCUAUGCAUUCAUUAAAUUAUUCUUUUUAUUUAUCUUUUUCUCUUUUAUCAUUUUAUUACAAAUAUCAGAGAAUCAGAUCAUCCCUUGUUAUUUAUUAACAUUAAUGCAUUUAAGCAGAUUUCUGGGAUGCAUUAAAAACGAAAAUUCAGCUUUAAAUAAAGCAUAUUCAUGUUUUCAUGUUAUAGUGCAUUAAAUAAACUGAUUCAAUUUACAUAUGCUACUCAUUAUUACAAUAUUUAAUUAGAUUUUAUGAAAAACUGCAUGAAAAAGGAAGAUAUAUUUCAAGUAUGGUAAGCAAUUAAAUCUUGAACAUUCACCCUGAUCUUCAAAGCCAUUUCUUUCAUUGUCAAUGAACCCAGAAAUGUCAAGCAAUUCUGGCAUUUACUUUUAACCUGAAGAUAUACAUGUAAACAUUGUAUGUGUCUGUGUUGUUAGCUAAGAUUUACAGUAUUAUAAAAUCUCUAAGUAAAAGACCAAAUGUGACAAAAAUCUGAAGGCAAUAGCCAGUAAAUGGACUCACAAAUUACUUCACGCUCAAAGAUAAAAUAAUCAUCAUUUUAAUGUAAACAAAAGUGAUAUAGUUACACCUUUUUGUUGUGUACAAACACUUCAAAUGUGUUUCUUAAUAUAUUUGAAAAAAAAUUAUUGAAAAAAAUAGUUUUGUGAGCCCAAUAGGCUGUGUACAAGCAAAUUACUAUUGAAGGCUUUCAAAAAUAUAUGACGGGUCAUAUUCUUUACAUAUAGUUGUUAGAAUAAGAAGACGAAUAUUGAAUAACCAUAUAUGUCCAAAUAACCAUAUUGUAUGAGAUAUGGGAUUACUCUAAGUCAGCAUAAUCAAAGUUGCAAAUUGCUUUUUCAUCUUUCAUUUUAAUUAAAAUGAAAUUAAAAUAGCUCUGUUUCAUUAAGUCACUGAAUGAGAGUACUAUCUGCAGAUGAUAAUAAGAAUUCUUAACAACUAUUCUUAAAACAGCUAUGAUAAAAUGAUGUUUUUAAGCUGGAGUUGAAAUUAAUGCGAUGGUCUGAGAGAAAAAUGAAUGUAACAUUUAAAAACUAGAAUGUGAUUCUGUACUAUAUAUGGAAAAUAGGUUCAAAAAUUAAAUCACAGAUCUCUUACAUUUCUUAACAACUGAAGAGUCAUAUAAGAUACCAUAAGAAUGAGCUUAAAUUUUCAUAUUUUCCAAAUUUAUUUCAUAAUUUUAGACAUAUAGUUAAAUGAAAUAGAUGCAUUUAUUUAAUUUUUUCUAGAAUUAACCUUAUGAUAAUUUGUCCAUCCAUAUCAUCCAGCACAUUGGUUCCAGUUUUUUAAUGAAAAAUUAGUAAUAUUUCUAUCAUGAAAUUUCCCAAAGCUUUAUAGUAAAAUUCAAAUAUGCAAAAUCAAAGAUCACUUUUUGCAAGAGAUUCAAAAGAAGGAAUAAUACCUGAAUUUUUCUGAAAUUCUAAUAUGUAUUAAAAGUAUUCAUUUUUACUUUUUCAUAAUAAUUUUUAAUGUGACAUUUUAAAUUAUGCAUUUAAGCAGAUAUUGUGAGGCAUUCUGACCAGGGCCAGUUUGAAAUGUUUGGAGACUAACUAUUACAGAAGUGUAGAUUAAUGAUUCUGUGCCAGUGAAAUUUGUACCCAUUAAAGUGAUCAAAACAUACAUGACCAAAAAUAAUGAAUAUGAUUUUUUUCUUUCUCCCCCCCCCCCAUUCUAUUUAGUUAACAAACAUUACAUAAAAUGGUAAUCUUCAUUACAAAAUUAAAUUUGAAAUAAGAAUAAUGGAUGUUUAUUAGAAAUAUCAUGACUGGUGAACCAACAUUUUUGUUUAGGACAAAUUGCAAUGCAAUUACCAGAUUUAGUUAAUUGUUAUUUAAUUUAUAGUGUUGAAUAUUUUGAUAAUUAAUAGUUUUUUAAAAGAAAACACACAAUGUGUGAACUGGAAAUGAGUCUUUCCAAUUGCUUAGCCUUCUGCACUGACAUCUUCUUCCAUCAAGCUGGCCCUGAUUUAUACUUUUAUAGCCAUGUUUUAUACACAGUUCUUUCAAUUUGAAUGCAAACAACACUGAUAUUUUUAUAGAAAAAUGAAGUAUUGAGAGAAUUUAUCAAUGAUAGGAUUUUCAAAUGGGAUAAAUAAAUAUGUAUAUAUAUAUCUGUGAUAAAAAGCAUACAAAUCAUGAUUUUAUACAAUAUUUUGAAUUGAAUGAUCCUAAGGCUGUUGAAGAAAUGUUCAAUAUAAAUUUAAUAUAAUAAUCUUUGUAUUUCAAGAAGAUUAGUGAAACAGAGCUAUUGUAGUGAUUGACAACUAAUAAAGAAAAUGAAAGUGUUAAUACGAAAAAAAUAUUUGGCUCUUUAUCAGUGUUUUUAUAACUAGUUGCACAUUAAAAUACUUUAAUGAAAGUAUCAACAUUCAAGAAAUGUACAUAUAAAUUUCCAAAGAAAUAUGAGAAAUGAAAAGCUAAUUUUUUGGCAUUGUUAUGCACUUUGAAUUUUCCCUCUUCUCAAAUAUGUUUAUAUUUUGUCUAGUGUUGAACUGGAUGUGUCUUACCAUAAGUUAGGUGUUCCUUGAAGCAUAUUAUGUAUGCCCAACUUUUAAGAGAAUAUGUAUGAAUGUUUUUAUAUUAAUGUGGUUGGAAAGGGCAUAAUAGAAUUGCUUACAUAGGAUGUCUCUCAGCUUUUGCUAUUUCAGAAAUACAGUAUUCGUAUAUUCAAUUGUAUUCAGUAAUGGUAAACUUUUCAGAAAUCAGAUGGGCUAGAACAGAAUAAUUGAGAAAGAUUAUUCUUUUUACAGUGUGUGUCAAUGUAAAUAAUUUCAAAUUGUCAACUUUGAUAUUUUUCCACCAAUUUGUUCAUUAGAAACUAUGGAUUUCUAAAUAGGACACACCACUAUCAAUCCAUCAAAAUGUAUAUUUGAUUUAUACAGAAAAUUCUCUUCAUUGAAAUUGGAAUGGAAUUAAUUUUUCAGAACUCUCUGUACAGAACUUUUCAAUAUUAACUUAUUUGAACAGGGUACAACACAUAAAGGGAGGAAAACCUUUCCUUUCUGGUUAUACAGCACUUUAAAAUGUCCUUCAAAUAAUUGUGGAAUUGUUAUUACCAUUAAACGUGGUCAUUAAUACUUGAAUACAUACCAUUAGAGAAAAUACCUUUUUUUAAUUUAACAAUGUUAGACUACCUAUUCCAAAAGUAUUCUUAUGAUUACAAUUAUUUUCAUCAAUUUAAGGUUAAUGCAUUAUGAUAGAAAAAUUAUUCAUUAAGUACAAUCAUCCUUUUAUUUUAAAUGUUCAUUGUUCAUGAAACUCAUUGAGUUCUUGUAUUAUUCCAGCUCUUCUGUUUUCUGAGUGAAACUCUAUCAAUAAAUAUGUUCUUGUUCGUCAUUUAGCAACAGAGAAUAUUCAAAAGAAUACCUUCCAGAAAACCUAGCCCAUCAUUAUGAAAUGAAAUGUGGUAUAGUUAAGAAGUUUCCUGCAAUUGGACUUAUAAUUUAUCCAAAAAUCAAUGUAAUUACUCAUGAGCAAAAAACAUCUAAGUGUUCAGCUACAAAUAAAACAUUAGUCCCAAGUAAAUUAAGCAAAUCUUGCUGCCCCUCUUCUAAUAACUAUUCUCUUCAGUUAAUAUGAAAGAGAAGCUCAAGAUAAAUCAUUCCGUGUUGCAUUUUAUUAGACAUUAAUGAUUAGAAUUAUAAUGAUAAUUUGAUAAAAUAUAUUAUUUUUGUUACAUUUGGAAAAUGGAUUUAUAUUUAGAAUGAAUAUUACUAUUAAAAUAAUAAUUGUGAUAAAUUAAAAUAUAAAAUUUUUCAAAGUAUUAGUUAUUACAAGUUGAAUAUUUAAAAGAUUAAUAAGAAAGUAUUAUUUAUGCAAAUCUUAAUGCUCAUAGUCUUCUUUUAAAUGAAUCAUGCCAUUUCUGUUGAAAUAAUUAAUUUAUCUAAAGAAAUGUACAUUGAUAUUAAUUUAUAUUUGUGGGCAUAAUUCAUUAAUUAAAAUUUCUUUGAUGACAGUAAUUGAAGAAAAGAUAAAUUGAUGAAAGAAAAUUACACUAUUGGCAAAUGACAUUCUGUAAAUGUCAAUAUUACAAGUGUCAUUCUGUAAGUGUCAAAUAUUACAAGAUGUUAUAUAACUUGUAAUAUUUCUUUAAGGUAAUUGUUGAGUCAACAUAAUUAUUAGUUUCAAAAUAAAUCAUAAUUAUGUAAACUUAUUAUGUAUAACUAUUAUGUAAACUUUCUUCUACACACAGUCAGUUUGAAUUUGAAAUAAAAAAUUUAACAUUUGAGAUAAUAACUAUGAUAAAUGUUAUUUUAAAAAAUACUUUUUUAGAGAAAAUAUCAAAAAAUGUGAAAAUUCAAUGAUUUUAGUGCUUACAUAACAUGCAGACAACUCCAUAAUAGUCAUACAACAUGUUUUAAUUAUAAUUAUGGGUUGUAAGUGGUACAAUAUUUUAAACCACACCGCAGAUAUAAAAGAUAUUUUUUGGCACUGAAGGAUAUUUUUUUUAAAAUAACAUUUAACAUAACACAACUAAACAUUCAGAUAGAGUUACUUCAAAAUAGUACAUACAUUUUAAUUUUUAUUACAAUAUUUUCGGAACACAUAAAGAAACUAGAUAAUUCAGUAUAAAUGAGCUAAUGACAAUACAAGGGAUAUGUUAAAAAACAAUAACAAAGCUAGAAGACAAGUUAAUUGUUCAUAGAUUUGUGUAUUUAUACCUCUGAAAAACAUUAGCCACACUGACUAAUAUUAUUUUAUGUUAUAUUAUCUUAUGUUAUGUAUGGGUUUUUACAUUGAGUAAUAUGAAAUUUAAAAUCUAAUUCUUAUGUAUUGAAGAUGCUCAAUACUCAACCAAAUUGUAUGUUCAGUAUUUUUCCUUUUUGAUGCAGUUGUACCUGUCCUAUGUUGUCAUAUAUCAUGAGAAAAAUUAAAAUUAUGAAGAAAUGUUAAUCAAAGUAUGUGUGACAAAGUGUUAAAAUUUAUUAAACCUUGUUGUAAGAUCAUAUCAGAGCUUUAUUUAUGUUAGUAGUACUUAGAGGCAGUGAAUGAUAUAGGAUUGGAAAGAGAGAAAUUAUUUUUAAGUAUGUGUGCCAACCCACUGAGAAAAUAUGUCACUUAGGCAGAAGUAUGAUAUCUUCCUUAGUUUCCAGCUAUAACUGUUGUCAUAUAGCAGUACUCUUGACAAUCUUCCAAUGAAUGUUCUUGCCUGUCUGAAAUAUAGCAGUUUCAUACUGUAGUUUACUAUAACUCCAGAGUAUUCUCUAGAAUAUUUUCAUCUAUAUAUUUGGAAAGGAUGGAAUGAAGUGGUAUAGCUUGUUUUGUACUCACUUUUGUGUUGCACCAAAGAAAUAAUUGAACUUCAAUCUAGCUGUUCUAUCCCAAAGGUGAGAUUCUUGUCAUUUUUAGAAAGGUAACAAUUUUCAUAAAAACUGCAGAUAAAUGUUUCUGUAAUAUUUUCAAAUACACCUUAUGGGUAUGUAAACAGAGAGAUGUCCACUAUUUAAGGUACUGGGAAAAUGUUUUCAAAUUUCACUGAGGAUAAUAAUUCCCAAACAAUAAUUGUAUUCAUAAUACUAUUAUGAAGUGUCAUUUACAAGAUUUCUGUACUUAAUUUAGAAAAUGACAAAAUAAAAUUGAUUCAUUUUAAUGUAUUCCCUUGAAGCAAACAGAAAAAGAAAAAGGGUUUGAAAUUGAAAAACUCAUGGUGUUCAAUUUUCAUAAUACCAUAAUGGAAAAAAUAUCUCUAUUUACAUGCUCUUUGUCAAGAAAAAGCAUUUAUAUGCUCCUCUGUAUUUUUCAAAGAAAGAUUUUUCUUUUUUAAUGUUUUUAAAUGUGUGAAAGAAACAUGUUCUUAAAUUGUACAGGUACAUGAAACAAAUGUUUUGAGUAUUAAUUUUCAGAUUUUUGCACUCACACAGUGUUGUGCUCAGCUAUUAUUAUAACUGCCAUCUUCCCCACCCAUGAUACUGUAUAAAUAUGAAAUUUGCAUAUAUUUGAGUGUAAGAAUACUCUUUGUGUGGAAUUAUUUGUAUAUUUCAUCACUGGAAAUUAGAAUUUUAGAUUCAUAAUUGCCCAGAAAUUAUUUGUCAUAUGUGUGAAUUUAUCAUGGCACAUUAACAAGGUUCCAUUUUUAAUGAUUCACAGCAGAGUCUUAUAACUGGACCUACUACAUUUGUGCAGAUUUUUCUACAAAUACUGUAAUGACUAUUGCAUAUAUAUUUUUUAAUUAUGUGAGUGAAAAUAUGAAUUGAAAAUGUCUGCCAUUUGAACACUUAUCAUCUACUUUCCAACAAAGGCCUAAACAUGACUGUUCUCCACUUAAUGAAGAAUUGUUUCAUAAUCAAAUAACAAAAGUGUGCUGGAUAAGCAAAAUACAUCACUUGAUAUUGGAAUCUGUUUUUUGCCCUCCAAAUAUUGAAGAAGGGUAAAUAAGAAAAUCUUUUUCUGUCCUUGCUAUUUCCCCUCUUUGUCCUUUUGUUUGCCUGAAUGAAGGCAAUGACAUGCAAUUGAUGAGUUAUAGUAACUGCAGUGCUGUAUGUUUUUGUCAACUGAAUGUAUGAAAAAUGUGGCAUGAGUGUUGUAAUCAAUUUUAUGUGCAGUAGAAAAUUGCUGUGUACUAUUUUACAAGUUCCUGGGUUUCAUGAACAAACUUGGGAUAUAUUUAUAUGAUAGUUCAACAUGUACUAAAAAGAGGAAGAAUACGCGAAACGACGCACAUUAGGUACAACAUUUUUGUAAAAUUUAUUCCAUAUAUAAAAAAGAAUAAUAAGUUUGUAAAAUGAUGUUAAUAAAAAUGUUGUUUUUUAAAAAGAGCUUCUAAAGAAAAUCUUAUUAUAAUAUUUACAUUUAUAACAUACAUGUAACCUUGUGGGAAUGUUUGUACACUAGAUUGCCUAUUAACAAUAUUCAUUUUCAUAAACAGGCCUAACUAAACAUCCCAGCACACCUUGUAGAAUAAUUUCAAUUUCAUCCUAUGUUCAACCACAGAAUGCCUGAACAUAAUUUCUCCAAAAUUAAAUAAACACAUGAUGUCUUAAUGAAAUAUUUAAUUUAAUUAUAUUAAAGAUAUGUUAGGUUUUCAAUUUAGAAUAUAGAUAUUCUGACCUUAUUAGCUUGGUGUUUUUUGAAAAAGGUUAAAUAAUGAACACAGAAUAUGAGUUACGAGUUUCUACUGAUCUUCAAGAUAUCUGGGUUUGUAAAUUAUUUCAUUAGUUGCUUGAAUAAUGGUGUAUGAGUGUAAUAUCAUGUUCUAUUACCAAAGCUUCAUUUAUUUGUAAAAUAUUAUGAUAAAUUCAAAUAGUAUGCAAGAAUUUUGUCAUUGAAAAAAUAUUAAUUUCACUCUAAUUUGCUGUGGGGAAAAAAAUUAUUGUAUAUAAGUUAAACUAAUAAUUAUGAAGACAAUGAUUCACAAAGAGUUAUGUAUGCAAAGAAUCAAUGCAUCUUUCUUCACUAUUUUGCUUACAUUGAACAC